CAAUCAUUCAUUUUUUCUAUAGACUUUUUUGAUUUCCAAUCCAAAACCUAUUUUUUGGAUUGAUUCAUAAUUUUAUAAAUUGCGGUGGAAAAUACUAUUUAGUGUGUUUAUAAAUAUUGGAUUGUCCUUUAAAUUGCACUUAUAGACUAUUCAUAAGCUCCUAAAAUGUCCGGCGAACCCGAAGUGACCCACACUCCCACUGAGGAUGAUGCGGAAGAAGAAAUCAAGUCUACGUACAAACCUCCCCCGGAGAAGACGAUAGAGGAGAUCCUUGCAGCUGAUCAAGAGGAUGAGUCGUUACGGAAAUACAAGGAGGCCCUUCUUGGGCAGGCCCAAGCUGGAGCUGUCAUUGUUGAUCACAACGAUCCUCGCAAGGUUAUAGUGAAGAAGUUGGCGCUGUGCGUCGCUGGACGUGACGACGUGGAGCUCGACCUCAGCGGUGACCUCACUGACCUCAAGAAGCAGGUGUUCGUGAUAAAAGAGGGCGUGCAAUACAGGAUAAGGAUCGAUUUUAUCGUGCAGAGGGAAAUUGUGCACGGGCUCAAAUAUGUGCAGAAGACCUACCGGUUGGGCGUUCCAGUUGAUAAGAUGACACACAUGGUUGGCUCCUACCCCCCCAAAACGGAGAUCCAGUCGUACACCACACCCCCUGAAGACGCACCUUCAGGAAUCGUCGCAAGAGGUUCGUACACCGUCAACAGCCUCUUCACAGAUGACGAUAAGAACGUCCACCUCCAAUGGGAAUGGUGCUUCGAAAUCAAGAAAGACUGGAAGGAUUAAAGAGUGCUGGAUAUCAUACGGCUGGAUUGGAUGUUCGGGUGAAAUUCCUUCGCCUGUGCCAUUGACAAGAUGCGGUGCGUUUUUGUUUUCUACAUUUGAACUUGUUUUUUUUUUUUAAAUACAGACUUGUUCUGUUUGAUAUUCGAAUUUUAAUUGUUCGAAUCACUUGAUUGAGCUUGUUUGAUUGAAACAGACUUGUUCCAGAAGUCUUACAAUGCGGUGCAUUUUUAAUUUUCUAAAUUUGAAAUUGUUUUUAACACUGGCUUGUUCUAUUUGAUAUUGGAAUUUUAACAGUUCAAAUUGAGCUUGUUCUAAAUAGGCUUGUUCCAUUAUAAUUUUUUUUUAAUUAUAACACUUUGUUACUUGGUUUAAAAUUUCCAUUCUAUAUUUGAACCAACCAUAGAAUUAAUAAAUUGAUAGACAUCCAUUUUGCGAAUGAUAAUAACAUAAAUUUAACUUUAUAUUCUAGUGGAAUAAGUCUCCAAAUAGUGAUACCUUAGUACAUCUGCCUUAUCCAAGUUCAAAUUAUAUUCAAAGCAAUAAUAUUAAUGUAAUAUAGAUGUUUUGCAAAUAUUUAGCUUAUAAACUGAUUAUGAACUUUUAUAAACCUAUUAUGCGAUAAUUUCUCCAAUAAGGAUUUUGAUGUAUUUAAUAUCAUAAUCACUUAAAACAAAUUAUGUGAAAACAUAGAUGUAAUAAAAAAACGAAGUGGCAUAUAUAAUAAAUAUAUUUGUUAUGCUAUAUAAUAUGAAAUCAAAAGCAUAUUUCUUAAAUAUAAUUUCAUUGAAUGUCCAGUCCAGUUAGUGUCGGAAAUGGUGGCUGACUGAUUGGAUUGAUUCGUUGUUCUAUCGACAACAUAGGAUUAAGGUCUUCAAAUACUGACAGUAUCUGCGCAAUACUGACUCGAUAAGAAUUUGGAUAAUUCUUAUAUAUAUAAAAUCGUCUUUUUUAUUGCAGAAAUCGAUUAUAAAUCUACUUUAUUAUAUAAUAUCCUUUUACUUCCGUACAACUUCAUCGUGACACAAUGUAGAAAAAGUGAAAUGAAUCCCAACUUGGUCGUUUUUUGUAGGUGGCGUUUAUUUAGUUGCUUUGAUGAAUUAAGAUGAACGCGAAAUUAUCAUCACUAGGAGGUUCAUCUUUACACUUUUACUUUCUUUUAUUUAUUCACAAUACAUUAUUACUAUUUUUGCUCUUAUACAUAAAGUUGUUAUUCCAAUGAAUACGUCGAGUCAGAGUUGCGGAGAUGUCACAUAACAGACCAAUAGACAUAAGUGUAGGCUUACCAUUUUAAUAUACUCGAGUCUUCGCGAUCGUAUCCGUAAUGUAUGAUAUUAAAGGAUCAAAAUUUAGUGUAAAAAUAUUGAAUUUACAUAUACAUGUGUAUUUUAAAUACAUUUUAUAAUAAUAUACCUACUUAUCUUCAGUCUAUUUAGCAUUAUUAUAUUAGUUCUAACACUAGAUUUGGGUAUUGGAUACUUAAAAAAUAAAACGUUUUUAACAAUGAGGUUGUUGCUCUAAAAGAGGUCUGUCAAAUGGUCAUUUUAAAGCCUUAUAUUUUGCAAAUUCUGUGUUCUUUGACCGUUGGCGAUGAAGAUACAUUUAUACAUACGAACACGUCUUCACCCCUUUCGGGUUAGACGAUUGGACGUAUGAUUGGCUAGCGACCUGUCACUAUUUGAAUCCCAAUUCUAUCAUGAUGGCUGCAGAAGAAUUAUCUGAUAAUUUCUGCUAACAGAUUGUGCCCACUUAGACUUGACCUCUUUAGUCGUGCAUUUAAUACCCAAAUCUACUGUGGUUAGGUGUCCUAUAAGAUAUUAUAAGUACCUAUCUAAGUAUUGGCGUGUGAAUAUGAGAAUAUUUAUGUGUUAAUGUCACAAAUUAGCUGUACAUUUUGGAUGAAUAAGUUGGUUUUUUAUCUAUUAAACCGUCUCUUUCCAACACUCCCUUUAUAACGACGUUCCUUAAUAGUUUAUUAAGCCGUCGGCUAAAGACCUAUUAAAUUCACCCGUCUCUUCCUAACACCCCCUUUACAUUGUCCAUAGUUUAUUAAGCCGUCGGCUAAAAUACCUACAUAUAUAUGUUUUCAUCAUCAAAAACCUAUUUUCACACUCACACGCCUAUAUAGUCAUUAUGCUAUAGUCUGGCCACUAUUUUGUAGUACCGACACGAUGCUUAGACCAGCAUUCCUAGAGCAUUUCAACCGAUCUUUACUCGAUUAGAAUUGUAAGCCUUGAGGAAUGAAUUGCUUUGAAAAUAACCUUAAGUGUCUAACUCGAGGAAUUAUUUAUGUUUUGAUAAUUAUCGCCAAGGGGCUGAUUUUGUGGUCAUCGGUUGGCGCCACUGUCGGUUAGUGUCAGAUUUGUUUUCAAAGUUUGUUGUUUUCGUUUGCGAAAAUCCAUAUAUCUAUAACUAUACUUCAAGACGUACCAUUGAAAUAUCGAGAAUGUUGAAUAUAGUUUAUGUAUUCUUUAUUUUGCAAAUAAAAAGUGCAGUCAAGUUACGAACAGAAAACUUUUAUUGAUUUUAUGAAAUGAAAUGUUAUCCAAAUUUUUUUAUAGUACAAAUAUAUGAUGCAAUGUUAAAAAUAUAUUUAAAAUUUGACACAGCAACGGCCCUUUUUGGUAGCUUUUAUUACGGAAUCGGGUCUUGUAACGAUAAUUAUCAAAACCAUUGUCAGUUUAUACUCGGUGAUAAGGCUAAAAAAAGCAAUUAUUUGUCGGCUUCGUAAGAGUUAUAUAGUGACAUAGUUGUAGGAAUAUAGAUGGUUGGAUGUGAAAUUUUUGGGAGAAAAGAAAAUGAUACAAUUUUUUUUUUAUAUCUAUAUUUAAAGUUUCACAUUUGACGCUUCUAUAUAUCAACAAUUCUACGAGUAAGCAAGACAAAAUAUAAUGCGAUGUUUUCUAUACAAAAUCGAUGUAUGUACCAAAACUUAGUAUAAGAAUAUUGGAAAGUAUUGGUGCACCAAAUAAAAAGAUGUCUAUUUUUUAAUAUUUCACCUGCUUAAUAUCAGUGGCUUUAGAAGUCUGAAUGUACUUCCAACAUGAUCUUGACCAUUCUAGAAUGAAAAAUUUAAAUGCAGAUUUGCGCGCGAAACUUAACGACAAUACUUUUGGUACUGUCGUGUCGCGAGUCGUUUAUCUUAUGGAGUUGCUUUUGUAUACUUCAUAAAAACGGCCGCAUAGCGUCGUUUCGUGUCGCGUCGCGUCGCGUCGUGUCGCAAAUACGUUCAGACCUUAACCGUGGCAAUAAUGUCGUAAAAGUAUUAUUUUAUUGAGCUGUUUUCUUGAAUAGCUUUAUUAGAAUUAAGCGAUUAAGUACACAGAGCCAUCUUAAGUGUCGUGACUAAAUUUUAGAGUUUACGAUAUGUGACUAUAUAUUUCGUCGAAAAUUUCUAAAACAACGUAGUUAGUCACUUACUAUUUGUUGUUUCAUUCGUAUAUGUUUUCAUAAAAGCCAUAAAAGUCUUUUGAAGAAUAGUACAAGGAUUUUGUAAUAAGACGUCGAAUUAAAUAAUUGAUGUGUUAUCAAGUGAUAGUUACGAUAAGAAAAAUCUUUAUUUGGCGCAAAAGGUGACAUUACAUAGUUUAUAAUAAUAAAAAAAAAUUACAUGACGAUUACCAAAAGGGUUUCCACUCAGCAUAUGCAUGUGCAUGAUAAGGUUAUACAACGCGCUGUAUAAUUGUAAAGCUAAAUCGUUGUAUAAUACUCGUAUUAACCUGUUUCUAACAAAUAGUGAUGAGGUAAAUACUGUGUAGUGAUGGGUAGACGCAACGAGACAACGAGGUCGAUGGGUGAACUAGUUGAAAAACGGUAUUAAUUUUUAACUAGUUUACGGCAUUAUCUUAAAUCUUAGCAUGACCCGUCGACGAGUUUACCCGUUCACGGCGAUAUAAAUAGUAAAAAUUAACGAUUCAUUCAUUCAAUGCUCACCUCUAAAAUAUUAUGUAUUAUCGCCACCUGCAAUAUCAUUUGUGCCUAGGAAUUGUCUAUUUAAAGAAAUUAAUAAAAUGAAAACUAUAAUUACUGUAAAAUUCUAUUGUCACGACACUGGCUUCUUAGAAAUCUUAACGGUCCGCCAAAAUCAAGUUAGCAAUGUUAAAUUAAUUGUUUAUCGAACGAUCGUUAUAGUAAUGUCGUGCAACCCACCAUUAUUCUGUAUUUAAAAAAAAGACAUGAAAUCAAAGUUGAUUAAUCUUUAAUGCCUUAUAAUUUUUUUCUCUUUUUAUUCAAUUACCAGAAAUCUAUUGUAUGGUUUGCUCUGAUGUCUUUUCUAUAGCAUGGUUGCUAUGAAUUCUCACAAAUGAGCUGAAUACUGAGGUAGAUAGAUACAAAAAGGUCACACGCUUACGAAGUUAUACACUGAUCUGCAGUUGAGACUAAAAAAUAAACGAUUAAUAUUGCUCACUAUGUAUUUCUAAAUUUGAUUUUGUCGUGCAGCGAGACCCAAACGGCAUUUAAUAAUCGCUUAAGCGCAAAGGUGCUCAGUGGUCAAUCAUUGGUUCUCUUCUACUCGUAAUAUAAGGCUUCCCUUUUAUAAAUUAUAAAAUUAUAAUAAUAAAUACAUUUUUCCGUACCGGUCUUCGAUUGGACCCAAUUUUGAAGCUCGAUUCGCCCUGUAAAUAAAACUGAUUUGAUUUGUUAGGACCUCUGAAAUUUGUACACGAAAAGUAGCUUAAAUUAUGAAUAAAUCUAUAUUGGGAAAGUAAUAUGACGAUCAAAUAUAAAAUGAUUUAAUACCGAUAUUAACUUUGUAAUUUUCUGGUAUAAAAAUAUAUUGCUAUUAGAAUCAAUGCCUUAAUAAACUUGUACGUAGAAUAAUAAGUCCUUGCUAUAGUUAAGCACGGUGUGGCAUGAGAUAUAGUAACAAAAAUGUACUCCCAAUAUUCUACCUCGUAGUUCCAAACAUUAAUCCAUUGUUAUCGCUAAAUUUAACACUUAUCCAAAUGUAGUGUCGCUAUUUUUGAUACCUAUUGUAUACUAGAAACAAUACUAGCGAUUAAAAAAAAUACUUAAUCGUGAACUAAGGUAGUAAUAACGUUUUUAAUAGCUCCGCUUCAAAAUUGGGCCGGCAUUUAGUUGGUGUUACUGUAAUUAAUCGGUUGAAUUCAUGAAUUAUUUCAAUAGAUGUGUAAAGUUUUAUGCAUUGUAAUAGUUUGGCCAAAAAUAAAGCUUAUUUAUUCAA